AUGUUUAAUUUCUUCAGCUCCGUCCCAACGCGCGUGUUACUCGACGCGGUCCUCCCUGUCCUGCGGUUCUUACUGGCUUCGGUGAUGAAAGAAGCCCUGCUCGCGGCCUCGGAUCUUCGUGCUCCGGAAAGACUCACUGUACAAUACGACUUUAUUGUCGUGGGCGGGGGCACGGCCGGAAGUGUGGUGGCCGCGAGACUCGCCGAAGUGAGCUGGUGGCGCGUGCUGGUGCUGGAGGCCGGAGGGACGCCGCCCUUAGAGAGCUACGUGCCUGGCCUCGAAGGGCUUGGGUACCUUCGGGGCAACAACAACUGGGAUUACGUCACGGAGCGUCAGAGGAACGCUCUCAAGAAUUAUGACGGUCAGAGCACACCUAUUCUCCAAGGGCGCGUUCUAGGAGGGUCCAGCACUACCAACGAAAUGCUUUACGUUCGUGGGAAUCGUCGAGACUUCGAUCACUGGGCUGAGCUUGACAACCCUGGCUGGGACUACGAAUCCGUGCUCUACUACUUUAGGAAAGCGGAGGAUUUUCGUGGUGGACAUAUGGGGGACACAGGUCUUCCCAUUUCAUCAUCGCAACAAGUACACCAAUAG